AUUACUUCUUUACUUUUUUGAUACGUAAUUUUCUCAGGCGAAUCGACAAGUUGUGAAAAUUCAAAUUCGUGACAAAGUUGCUGAUACGAGGCAUCAUGUAGAUUCAACUUGGACAUUUUUAGUCGCCGCGACCUCGCGCAGUCUUGCCUGAAAAUCUUUUUUAUCACUCUUCGGUUUGAAAAAAAUGCUGGGCCACGGCCGGAAAAAGGAGCAGCAAUCCGAGGAGCAACUCCUCGAGGAGCGGAAGAUGGUGCAGAAGGGCCGGGAGCUGUUCAACAUUGUCCUGUCCCGGAAUCUCCCCGUGGAAAAGAUGCUGGAGGUCACGAAGAAGGCGGUGAUGCUGCACCCGGAGUUUGGGACUUUGUGGAACAUCAGACGGGAAACCUUUUACUCCAAUAACCGGAAUAAGCGUCCCAGUUCGAAAUAAGCAUUGCGGUGAUGCUAUGAAACAGGUUAGGGGGUGGCAAACCAGGCGAGUCCGGCAGGCUUUUUUUUUGUUUUCAGUGUGUAUCUCUUGCUGCUCUAAGUAGGAAUGCGAAUGAGGAAUGCGAGUGAUGAACUCAAAUGAUGAAUGCGAAUGAUGAAUGAGAAUAACAAGCCAACUGGUUUCGGCUUUCAAGAAGGGGGCGGGGCGCGACUACUCCUCACCCGAUGCAAAAACAUGCUUUAUGUUUAUCGUUUUGUAUUUGUAUGGAUGCAGCUGCAGCAAGAACGAACACGAAGUAAGUGUAUAAAGAUAAAGACGCGUUUAGUUUUUUCGUCGCAUAGGAAAACUCGCACUCUACCAGGGCGUAUAGGUGGGCCCUCGUAGUGUUCGGCAAAGACUACGUGGGACCCCCGGGGUUUUUGGGAGCAAGUGAACCGUGGCGCCGCCUGCCCCCGAGGGGGGUAGGCCUGCCUGCCCCCGGUCUCCCGGUAGGCUGACUUUGCAGCUUUGCCGGCGGGUGGGGGCACUAGAGUCGCCGCGACCCCGAGCCGAGUCGGCGCAGCACACGGUGCGCGGGCGGCGAUGGAGUUUGGCGCCGGACGAAGGGAUGCGCGCCAGGCCCUGGCCACCGGUCGGGUGUGUUUCCCGGGUGUCCGGGUGGCAGAAGUUUUUCUGCUGUUGCCCGGUCGCGGCAAAAAAUGACCGUGGACGCGCGUCCAUCUGCAUUUUAUCGGUCGAGCCGAAAACCGCUCUGAAAGAAAUUGAUCACGGAAACUUUUCGGCGGCCAAUAAAAUGCAGAUGGACGCGCCUCCACCGGCAGUUUUCCCCGUGGCACCUCGCCAGCUGCAACGGGGCGCGGGGUGGGGCCGCGGUCGCGGCGCGGGGCCCUUGGCGGGUUUUUUUUUGUUGAGGGCGUAGGAUUUGGGGAUUCGGGUUUUGGGUUUGGACUGAGGGAGGGGAGGUUUUUUUCGCCACCCCCCGGCAGCUCUGCAGGGUUUGGGGAUUUGGGGCGGCCUGUUGCCAAAUCUUGCAUGCCCGCCCCCCGACCGUGUUUGAAAAAAUAAAACGGCCGGAGCGCGCGGAUCUUCGCCCCGCGAGAUCCCGCCCCCGCGCCUUGCGCCCCGCGGCGGGCCCCUGCUCGCCCGGCCGAUGCAUCCUGGCCGGCCGGUGGUGGCCCCCCUUCGUUUUUUCGUUUUCAGGGGAAGUGGCGUUUUUUCUGUUCUCGAAAGAACCGACGUUGCGGGCACCCUUCGGGCGCGAUUGCGGUAUACGGGAGCACACGGCGCGGGAAGGGUGCCAAGAUAGAGCUUCCCCGGUCGCGUCGCCUUUUCACCGCGGAAAUUAAUGCGUAGGCCCCGUUUCCCCACUGGCCUGCGUUAAUAUAUAAAACCAACAAUGCUCCCGCUGCCUAUCCUGUUGCCUGAACGAAAAGAAAAAUGUUCAAAAAUUCGUCGAGUUUUUAGAACGCAUGAGCAUAACCUUGGCCGCUUAAAUCUGUUAUUUCGAACUGGGACGCUUAAUCCGGUAUAUCGAGUACAAGCUCGAGUUCGGGACUUUGUGGAACAUCAGACGGGAAACCUUUUACAAGCUCGAGAAGAUGGCCAGCAGCGCGACAAGUAGCGAUAAGAAAGGGCAAGAAGGAACAACUACUCCGAGCAGCGACAAUUUAAGAUCUCCUACUAAAGCAGAGAUAGAUUCUGGGUCAGAACCGCAUCAACCCCAAAAUGUUAAACCUCCUUCUGUGAUCGUGGAGGCCCUAAAUAACGAGCUUCUGCUCCUGGACAAGGCGAUGCAGCAGGGGCGGAAGUGCUACUGCCUGUGGACGCACCGCAGGUGGGUCGUGGACGAGAUCUUAAAGCGGAAAACGGCUGAGAAGAUGGAACUGCCUGGUGAAGAACAAAAUAUUGACCUGAUUUUGGCCGAGAAAAAGAAGAUUCGACAAUUCUUUCAGCUCGACGCGCGGAACUUCCACGCGUGGAAUUACCGGCAGUGGCUUCUGGAGAAGGAAGAAGUGUACUUGUACACUAGAUCCUUGACAGGAGAAGAUUCUGCACAGAAAAGCGCAAACCACGACGGCACCAAAAGCCACGACGAGCAGCAAAAGGAGGAAGACCUUGCACUUUCCGAGGAGCUGAUUUUGGAGAAUUUUAGCAACUACUCGGCCUGGUACCUGCGGGGGAAGGUGGUUGCGAGCGGUUUCGAUUUUGACCUGGAGUCGGAACUCGAGUGGCUCCAGCAGGCGAUUUUUACGGAGCCGAACGACCAGUCGAUUUGGUUCUACCACGAGUUUCUACUGCUGAAAAACAGAGAGAUGCAGGUGCUGCACUGCGAAGUUUUUCCCAAUAACAAAGCGGCGAUGUUGUCCGACUGUGCUAAAAGUGGAGCGGCGCGGAGGACAUUAUUUUCUUGCUGUCUGCUGUGCUCAGAUUCUCUGAGUAAGGAGGAUUUCGAAGAAAGGUUUCUGCCACCGGAGCUGUUAGUUGGCAAGGAUGGAGGAGGUUCUUUCGCUGAAAUAAAGGUGAUCGAUGUAAGAGCUGCGCGUGUGGUCGAAGCAGCGAUGGAGAAUAUGCAAGCUGCCGAUCAUCCAUUGACCAAGCCUGGACCUCCGGGUGAAGAGAAACAAGACGAGUCGCUUGACUACGUGUUUUGCGUAGAUUUGGAAUUCACGAGUGUAGUUGAUUCCGGCACCGAGACGACACAACUAGCGGAACAACAAGUGAGAAACCUGUUCCAGACCACUUCCUCCUCUGCAGAAAGCAGCCGUGAAAUAAAACCGCAGCAAUCGAAAUUUUUCGCCCGAAACGUGUCUUCCCAGAUUGUUCAGACCGAAAUCGAACGGAUAGACGAGCUGCUGGAGCUCGAACCGGAUUGCUACUUGGCCGUUCUGGCGAAGGCAAGGCUGUUAGAGGCUCUGUGGGAGGAGAAGAACUGUAAAAGCAGUGCGCAACUGCAGGCGGAACCGGCGACUAGCGAAAAAGGGCGUCAAAGCGGACCUCCUAAUAUAUCGACCGAAGACGUGGCAAGCCUGUAUAGAAAACUCGCUUCUGAGUUGGAUCCAAUGCGCAGGGGCUACUAUUUGGACCAGAUCAAGCGGGUUGAAAGCAGCUUUGGAAGUAGAAGUGUUGACAAGAGCGAACAUCAGACAAUGAGAACAGCGACAGAAGAACGGUUUCAACGCAUCGCUGCGUUGUUAAAAACGGAAUCCUCAGGUGCACCUUCAUAGCGACAUCGAACAGCAAUCCUAUGGCUUCGCAAGUAGACCAAGCCACAACGCAGUAAGUACCACAUUGAUGUAAAAAU